CGAGACCACUCAGGGACUGUUCAUUCCAACGCUCCGCUCCCAUGGAUGUGAGAAGUUGCAUUCCCUACCCCAGAUCCACCCACCCACUCACUAACCCUCAUCCACAACAGUCUUCACAGUCUCAAAGCGGAUUCCAAUCUCGCCGGUCAUAUCCGGCCUUACACCAUGUGUCUCUAUCGCCUCUGAAUCCUCGUUUCCCCAUCGACGAUGACACCGAUGCCCGGGACUACUUCUCUCCCCGUCACGAAACCCCGGGCAGCCCUGGCGCAACCAGGACCUCUUAUCUCUCUAGCUUCUCCGUCCCCGGAACCCCAGGCGUGCUAUCCCACUCGCACUCCCGUAGCGGGUCCCGCGUUCGACUCAAUUCCCGAAGCAAGAGCUCCACUCGCAUCCAUUCCAGCGACACCAACCUACAAUCCCAGGGCGUGGCUAGCCCUCUCCACCACCACAAUGAACCCCAACGAAGCAGAACCCCCCGCCAUCACCCAACCGACUCUACCAAUCAUCGCCAUCACCCAGACACAGAAUGGAUGCUCCGAGCUGGCAUUGCCCUCGCAUCUUCGACCCGCGAAGAAAAAGGCCAAAGCUGGCUCGUGAAACGGCAAAGCUCAACUAGCCUCGUCUCCGAUGGUCAUCAACUCGACCUAGACAGCCAACAACAGCACUGGUCAUCCAGGAGCACCCGCCAUCCUCGAUCCGGACUAUCCACCCCAGCCGCCUACUCUCGUCGAGCAUCCCGAUCUCGUCCAACCAGUCGCAGAUCCAGCAGACCCGAUCUCGCCAUGACCAGCCUUGACAUAACACGGGCAACCACGAGACGAGACGUCCCCACCACCACUACCAGCGGCAUCCACACCCCCCUCGAGAUAGACUACGCCCGUCAUCUACUCCCUGAUUUCGUGGACGAGCGCAUCCGCGCCGAGAUGGCCAACAUCCAGCACGACGAAGACGAAGAUACCUUCAGCAACUCAUCAAGCACCGACUCCAUGCUCGCCUCCGAAGACGAAAUCGACGAACAAGAGCUUCAACGUCUCACCCGAGAACAAGGCUUCGGCCUAGGCAGCUGGAUCGACCGAAUGGUCGAAUGGACCCUCUUCGGCGUCGACGACUGGCCACUCUCCGCACCACCACCCCAACCCCUUCUCGAACACCACGACCACAUCCAAAUCCUCACAGAUGAACAAGACCACGAACAUGAACACCCCACCGAAGAAGCCGACACCAUCUCCAUCCCCGACUCAGACAUCGCUUCCAUCCACGAAAAACCAGGAGAACGUGGCGGCUGGGAAGACGCCGGAUGGCUAUUCCGUAUCGUGAGACGAGCACUAUCAUGA